AUGGCCGGAAGAAGGCGCGGCGGAAGAAGGGGAUCGGACAGGCUCUUGAUUGCCAACCUGGGAGAUUCUCGUGCAGUGAUCUGUCGACAACAGGGGCAUCAUCUGGGAGUCUUUCGGCUUUCGGAUGACCACAAGCCGGGUCGGCCCGAUGAGCAGAAGCGGAUCGAAGGGAAUGGAGGCGUUGUGGACAUGCAGGGCGUCUGGCGCGUCUUCACUCCGGGGCCGGCGACCUUCGGCGGGCGCUCCUUGCUCUGGGGCUUGGCGGUGAGCCGAGCCUUUGGAGAUCUCUUGAUGAAGGAGCCGCAAAGAUAUGGCUGCACAGGCUGCACGGGAGCCUUGGUGAGUGCUAUGCCUGAGAUCACCACCUGCGAGCUGAACAUCAGUGAGGAUCGCUUCCUAGUGUUGGCCUGUGACGGCAUUUGGGACGUGCUGAGCGACGAGGAGGCCAUCACGGUGUGCUCUGAGCACAAGACGGCCGAUCAGGCGGCGCAAGCUUUGGUCAGGCGUGCCUUUGAACUGGGCAGUGACGACAACUUGACUGCCGUCGUGAUCGGCUGGCAGCCUGAGGAGGCCACGGAGGAGAAGAAGCAGCGGCUGGACUAG